AUGACCGACGACACCGAGCAACAACAGCUGUCUCCCGAGGCAGAAUCUUCGCGCUACAGACCCAUCAAACGUCUCGAUGAAAGCGUCGUGAAUCGCAUUGCAGCUGGUGAGAUCAUCCAUCGUCCCGCCAAUGCGCUCAAGGAGCUCAUCGAAAACUCUCUCGAUGCCGGUGCAACCCUCAUACGUAUCACACUCAAGGAGGGCGGAAUCAAGAUGCUUCAGAUCCAAGACAAUGGCUCUGGAAUUCAACCUGGCGACCUGCCUCUGCUCUGCGAACGCUUUGCCACUUCCAAGCUCCGAGACUUUGGCGAUCUUGACAACAUGGCGACGUUCGGUUUCAGGGGAGAAGCGCUUGCCAGUAUCAGCUACGUCACUGCAUCCAUGAACGUCGUCUCCAAAACCAAGCAUCAGCACUGCGCCUAUCGAGCCUACUACGCUAAUGGCAGACUCGCACCUCCCAAACCAGGUCAGAGCGCCGAUCCCAAGCAGUGUGCAGGCACAGACGGUACACUCAUCACUGCCGAAGACCUCUUCUACAACGUUCCCCAGCGACGCAGAGCCUUGCGCAGUGCUGCCGACGAGUACAAUCGAGCGCUCGAUGUCGUGUCCAAGUACGCCGUCCACUACGGAGGCAGAGGCGUCGGCUUCGUCUGUCGAAAAGCUUCCACCAAUUCCACAGACCUCAAUACGCCUUCCUCUCCGACCAACUCUACCCUAGACACCAUUCGCAUCUUGCAUGGCAACGCAGUCGCACGAGAACUCGUCGAACUCAACGACGUCUCGGACGACCAACUCGGCUUUCAAUGUCAUGGUUGGAUCAGUGGCGCCAACUGGAGCAGCAAACGAACCACACUGCUAUGCUUUAUCAACAAUCGUCUCGUCGAGUGCCCCUUGCUCAAGCGUUCCAUCGAAGCACUCUAUGCUACCCUCUUGCCCAAAGGCGGCCAUCCUUGGGUCUAUCUUUCCAUCACGAUCAACCCUGCCAACGUCGAUGUCAACGUGCAUCCCACCAAGAAGGAGGUGCAUUUUCUGCACCAGGACGAGAUUGUCGAACUCAUUUGCCAAGCUGCCCAAAAAAGGCUUGCAGGCGCCAAUUCGAGCAGGACGUUCGCCUUUUCGCAAGCCGUCUUGCCCGUACUUGCACCUGAUGUAGGCAUCAUGACAAGCUCUGCAGCCCUAGCUUCUAGAGUGACUGACCAGGCAGAAAAGCCACCUCUCCAACAAGCUACAAGUAGCAGCAGCAGUAAAGGCGGCACAAGCGACAGCAAAACCCCUGCCAAUGCCUUUCGCAAAUCGGAAAUCGCAGGUCCCAUUUCUUCCUCAAAAGGGUAUCCUCAGCAUCUGGUUCGCGUGGAUGCCAAGACGAGGACUCUGGACGUCAUGCUCGGCACCAGAUCCCUUGCCAAGAAGCGCGCCUUGGACCCUGAGCACACAGAGACUUCUAUGUCGGACACAUUGAUGGCAGAAUCAGCAGCAGAGCACGCGUCGGUGUCCAUACCGCACCAAAGUGCACCAAUAGACAGCACUAUCACGUCUGGCGGCACGUGUAGUGGUGGCCAGAGCAGCAGCAGCAGCAGCAGCAGCAGCACCUUUGAUUCCAUGGUCAAACACAGUCGUCCAUCGUUGAAUGGGCGUAUCUCGGACUCAGACUGCGCUCUGACAUCGGUAAGAAAUUUACGAGCGCAGAUCGUCAAGGCGCAACAUCGCAAUUUGACCGAGGUGGUGCAGAAUCACACGUUUGUCGGCGUGGUCGAUCUGCACAAAGGCUUGAGCCUGAUUCAGCACGAAACACGGCUGCUGCUCGUCAAUCACGAUGUCAUGAUUCGCGAAUUCGCCUAUCAACUCGUCCUUGGUCAAUUUGGCAGUCUGGGCCGCGUUCGACUGGACCCUGCUCCCAAGCUCGAGGAUCUCGUUCGUUUGGGGCUUGAACAUACGGCUGGCAUCCCUGAAGACGACUUUGAAAGCAUCGAGGCGAUGACACGAAAGAUUGUCGAUUUGCUGCUCGAGAACGCCGAGAUGCUCGAAGAAUACUUUUCGGUCUGCUUGGAGGCCGACAAGCGCACGCUCAUCGCUUUGCCGAGUCUGCUCCCGGGGAGCGGUGCAUUUGGCAAUGCCAUCGACAUGGAUCGUUUGCCGCAGCUGUUGGUGAGAAUGGCGACGCGCGUAAAUUGGUCUGACGAGCAAGAGUGUUUUGAAUCAUUUGCACACCAGCUUGCAUGGAGCUGCCUCCCCUGCGCGCCGCCGAUUUCUGUAGAAGCUUCGCCCACAGCGACAGCCGUUGGAAACGGCGCGCAAAGUCGAGAGGGGGAACAAUCCAAACAGUUGCAGAAGGAGAGCGAAGACGAGCAAGAAGCUGUGAAAAGAAGAGUGCAGCAUCUAUGGUUCGACAGCAUGCGCAAGUGCAGAGGCAGAUACGUGGCCAGCAAGGCAGCUAACCAGUUUGUCAUGCAGGUGGCCAACCUGCCGGAUCUGUAUCGUGUGUUUGAACGGUGUUGA